AGAAAAUUCUCGUUCGCUUCAAAUAGGACUAUUAUUUAACUCAAAUUCGGAACGAAAAUAUGCAGAAAAUGUGCCGCGAACAAAGCUGUGAUGGAAAAAUAUGAAAUGUCUUUUGUAACUAAAACUCCGUUUUGACAUCACUUUCAUCAUAAUCUGAAAAAAUAAUAAUAAUAUAAAAAAACAACAACAAAUAUGAUAAAAAAAUAAAAAAAUCACCAUCGAAAACGAAUCAAAAAAUAAUACAUACAAAUAUAAAUCGCAAAUAAUUGAAAGUUACAGCAGAAAUAAAAAACAACAACAACAUAGCUCAAAAGGAAAAAGUCAAAGCAAAAACUUUUUAAGUUUUUUGGACUCUUCUUUGUUUUUGUUUCGUUUGCUUUGCAAAGAAAAACACACAAAACAGAAAAAACGAGAAUUUUUACGCCGCCCGUCGGUGUGAGCGAGACAGACAGAGAGGGAGAUAAAGCGACUGCGCAAAUAAAAAAAGAAAACAAAACAACAAACAACAUAAAAAACAAGCCAAGCUUGAAACGAAGACUUUCAAAUAAAACAACAACAAAACCAACAACAAACCAAACAAAUUGAAACGCUGUGAAAUUAACUCGUCAAUACUCAAAAGCACCAACAAAUAAAUAAACAAAAAGAAAAGCUAAAACAAAAUAAAAGGCAAACCACGAAGGAGCAAGUAAAGCGGAGUUUAACAAGAAAACGGCAAAAGCACUGAAAACAAAAAAGCAACGGGAAACGAAACUAACGUGAAGUCAAAGGCAACGGCGCUGCGGCGUUCGGACUCUCGAAUAAAACAAAAACAAUUCAAGCAAAACCGCAAAACCUACACUUGGAAAAACGCUAAAUAAAUCCCAAAUUCCUCAUUAUUUUUCCUGAAAAGCUUUAAUUUAAUUACGAAUUUUUUGUUGUUAAGUCAGAGUGAAUUCAAUUUGCUAAUUAAUUUAAAUUAAGACAUCAACAACCGAGCUACAAAAGCAGCAACAACAACAAACAAACAACAACCAACAAACAACUGAAUUAAUGUUUUAAAGUACAAAAUAACCGGGAGUAAAUCAACAACAAAUAAUUUAAACAUAUUAAAAACGAUUUAAUUUAAAACGCAACAUCAAUCUAAAUUAUUUAACUAAACAUAAAAACAAACACUGCUAGAAUUUAAGUCCAAAAACAACUGAUAAACGCCCACAAGGGCGAAAGGGAAGUGGGAGACAGAGCGAUAAAUGGAGGAGAAGCGAGGAGAGCUGAAUAAAACCGAUCAAGCAACAAUUGUGCCGCAAAAAAAGUGUGAAUAAAAAAUAUAUACUAAAAAAAUAACGGUAACAAUAAAGAAAACAUUUAAAACCAAAAAUCUACAAGAAUUCUAUAAGUUUUAAGUCACGUUUUACACAGACCUACAACAACAACACCAGCAAUUGAACUUAGCCAAUAAAUUUAAUUAAAACAAUAAAUUAGUGAAAAAAAAAUAAACGGAUUAAGCCAAUAUAUAUAGAGAACGCAUAACAAAUUCAAAACUGCGGCCUUGUGCCAAAAAAACAGUUUUUAUUUUUUCCAAUAAAACAUUGUUUUUUACUAGUUUUCAAUUCAGAUUUUUUUAUAAGUGUACCUAGUGAGAAAUGUUAAAAGUCUAAAACAGCAAAAGCAACUGCAACAAACGGAAGUAAAACGGAGAAAAGAAAAACAAAACAAAUUCAAAGAAAGAUUUAACAACUCUGUGAUAAUUACUGUAAAUUUAUAAAUUUAAAGAAAAAAAAAAAACAAAAACCUAAAGAAAAACCACAAAAAAAUCUCUAAUUAAAUGAAAGGAAAACCCCGUCAUUUUUAACAGUAGGCGAAGAAGAAGAAGGAGCGAAAGAGGAAGCAGAAAGCAGAAAAACAUCUUAAACCAACAACAACUUUACACUUAAGAGCAAAUGCAAAUGAAAAGAUAAAAAACAUUGAAACAAAUUCGUGAUAUCUUAAAGGACUUCGAUACAUAUAUACUAUAGUAUAUUAUAUAUUAUAUUAUAUAAACUAUUAAACUAAGCUUAAAUCUAGUGAGCGUCAACCGAGAAAACAAAAACAAAACAAUGGAAUAAGUGAAUAAACAACAAAACCAACCAACACAAAGCAAAAAAUAAAAACCCUAGGUUAUGAAAAGACUUCAAAACGCAUUCAAAAAAUAUAUAUAUUUAAACAAAACAAAAUAAAUCGUAGACUUAAAGUUCAACAUAGUAAAUGAGCGAGGAUAACUUUACAUAACGGGUGUCCUAUAUCUAUUAUAUACAUAUAUAAAAACAAAAACAAAAAAACAUUAAAACUCAUAAUUUUUGCUUAGUGAAUAGUAAAUGAAACAGCAAUAAAACAGCAACAAAACAACAAAAAAGAAAAAACAAAUUAUACAAAUCGUGCAACCGAAAAGUAAUAGCAACGUACAGCGAAACAAAAUAGGAAAUCGACACAGAAAGAAAGAAAGAUACAGAGAGAGAGUGAGCGAGGAACCGGAAACGGAAGUCCCGAGAAGAGGAAGAAGGAGAUUUAAACCUCGUCCCCCAAAAAUCAUCGUUGUACUAAAGGUAUUCGAAAGUAAAUAAAAAAUCACUACUACUUCCUAUAAACCACAACGAUUGCCUACAAAAUAUAUAUUAUAUAUAUGUAUACUAAAUAGAAACCAAUAUAAUCAAGCAAAACACACAAAAUAUUCAAAUAUCAAACAAAGCUAAUCUAACCCAAAAGUAAAAAGUAUUCCCAGUGUAUUUUUCUAGUAAAACUAAAGUAAAAAUAUAAAAAAAAAUCAACCAAAUUCAUUUCAAACAAAAUGCAAUAAUUCAAUAAUAAUUCAAAACUCGAACAAAAAUAAAAACACCAACGGCAGCAGAGCUGGUGUGCAUUUUCAUCGUAAAACCACAAUAUUUUGAAUACACAAAACAAACAAAAAAAAUAUUUCAAGAACAACAACUUUAAAAAGAAAUACAACCUACAACAGACCCAGGAAGGAACUUCAAACUACCAAAACAAACCAACAACGUUACAAUAUUUGUCGGCAUUUUUUACAAGAAAUAUAAAAACACAAAACAACAAGGAACACAAAAAACCAACAAACAAACAAACCAACAACAGCAAAGGAAAGCUAAGUAAAACAACCACAUUUUUUGCGGGGAAUGCCCUCAAGAAAAGACAAAAAUUUUUAUUAACUUCGAAGACAAGGAAUUUCAGUGCCUCUUGUGCCAGUGUUUAGCCAAAAUAUAUAUACACAAAAAACAAAACAAACAACAAAUAAAAAACAAAUACGUAUUUAUUGCUUAGUUUUUUCUCUUUGAUAUAAAACUACACGAAAAAUAUAAAAAAAAGAAAAAAAAAACAUAAAAACAAAAUUUAACAGAAGUGAUAUCACGAAAUCUGUUUUCGGUCAUUUUUCGCGCUUUCUUCAACUUUAACUCUCGUUCCAAUAAUUCUCGUCAUUCGCAUCCAUUAUUGGUAAAUCGGAUUAAACCACUGACCAUCCGAUAACACCUCUUACAUCGCAAUCACCAUCGCCAAGAACCAGUCUCCAAUUUGCUAGUCCUUAUCAGCAUUUUCUUUGUUUGUUAAUAUCCAAUCAAUCAAUCAAUCAAACAUGAAUACCCAAUCGAAGGUGUACCGUACCGGCGAAGAAAUCUAUGACAACUUGCCAUGCGAUAGUUAUUUCAACAUGAAUGCCAUUCGCAACCUGGGAAUCCCAACAACGUUUCCGACCAUUGGAACAUUUACACUUGACUCUACUACGUUGGGACUGCAGCCGCAGGGUCAGGGCCCGUCGCCCCAGCAGCAGCAGCAUCAACAGCAACAACAACAGCAGCAGCAGCAACAUCAGCAGAAUAUGCACCACCAUCAACAUCAGCAGCAACACAUGCAGCAGCAGCAGCAACAACAACAACAUCAGCAGCAACACCAACAGCAGCAACAUCAACAACAACAGCAACAUCAGCAGCAGCAGCAGCAGCAACAACAGCAUCCAACCAUUGGAAUGUUCGAUGCCAACGAGGUUAACGAUGUCAUCCAGAAUCCUCCUCAAAUCGGGGUAUUCCAGUCUAACAGCGUUCUGACCAACGGUGCCGGCAGUGGCUCCUCGAUCUUUGGCUCCCAAUCGAGCAAUUCAUCGGCGGCAGCUGCAGAUCCCAGCCAGACCACCCGGGAAACUGGCAUCAUUGAAAAGUUGUUGCAUUCGUAUGGAUUCAUUCAGUGCUGUGAGCGGCAGGCGCGUCUUUUCUUUCAUUUCUCGCAAUUCAGCGGUAAUAUUGAUCAUUUGAAAAUCGGAGAUCCCGUGGAGUUUGAGAUGACCUAUGAUCGCCGCACCGGCAAGCCGAUAGCUAGUCAAGUAUCAAAAAUAGCCCCAGAGGUUGUUCUCUCCGAGGAGCGGGUCACCGGCACGGUGACCACCGAGCUGCGCACCGAUAGCGCCAACAAUGUGCUUAACUCCAGCGAGACCACAGGUCGCAUAAGCUAUGAGAACCGAGGCGAAUGCUUCUUUUUACCCUAUACCAAAGACGAUGUGGAAGGUAAUGUCAACUUGCGCGCUGGCGACAAGGUCAGCUUUCAAAUCGCAACGAACCAAAGAGGUAAUCUAGGCGCCUGCCAUAUUCGCCUGGAAAAUCCGGCCCAGCCGGUUAAGUAUCGUGGGGUUGUCUGCUCGAUGAAGGAGUCGUUUGGCUUUAUCGAACGUGCCGAUGUGGUCAAGGAGAUUUUCUUCCACUUCUCAGAGGCUGAGGGCAAUGUUGAGCUGCGUCCCGGUGACGAUGUCGAGUUCACCAUCCAGACGCGGAGCGGCCGUGAAUUUGCGUGCAACAUCACGCGCCUAGCUCCGGGAUCAGUGAUCUUUGAGGACGUCGAUAGCACGGUGUAUAAGGGCCAGGUGCUUAAGUCGCUUGAUCGCAACAACCCGGUGCGCCAGAACAAUGAUCCCUUGCCGGGUCGUAUUCGUUAUAGGGCCUUGGAUUACUCCGAAGUGGAGGUUCCUUUCGGGGACAAGGAUCAAAAGGGUGACUUCACCCUGCGCCACGGCGAUUGGGUGCAGUUCCUGCUUGCCACCGAUCGGCGUGAUCAAUUGCAGAGGGCCACCUCCAUUGCCCUGUUGGACGAGACUUUCAAGGUUUCCGGCGAGAAGCGGGAGCAGGGCACCAUUGCCUCUCUCAAGGAGGGCUUCGGAUUCCUGCGCUGCGUAGAGCGUCAGGCUCGUUUAUUUUUCCACUUUACUGAAGUUUUAGAUACGAGCCGCGAAAUCGAUAUCAAUGAUGAGGUAGAAUUCACUGUCAUUCAGGAGCCUGGAUUGGCCUAUAAUAACUCGCGUUUGCAGGCCAUUCGCAUUAAACACUUGCCGCCCAACUCAGUGCAAUUUGAAACUCUAGUGGCCAGCAACAUAGAAGGAUGUGUAACUCGCGAGGCGCCUAAGAGCCCAAUUAAAUCUCAAGAUCGCGUCGAGGGCGGUGUGAUUACCUAUGAACAUGCCGAUGUUAAAAAGACUAUAAUGUAUUUUCUUAAAGACUGCGAAAAACCACCAAGGAUUGGGGAGCGCGUACGCUUCGAUAUUUACAUGGUCAAACGUAACAAGGAGUGUAUAGCCGUCAACGUACAGCAAGUAUCCCUGCAUCAGCAGCAACAACAGCAGCAACAGCAGUUGCAUCUUAAUCAGUCGAAUGCUGGGGCAAAUAUCAACCAAAAUGACCAGCUGGGAGGAUUGUCGAAUGGAAUCAGUAGCAGCAGCUCGAAUGCUUCGCUACAGAAUGGCUAUGUCAUGCACGGCAGCCCUGGCGGCAGCACCAGCAGCGUGGGCAGCAACAAUCCGGUUCAUCUGGAUGAAUUCAAGAUGGAGAACAACAACCAUGCCGGAUCCGAUGCCGGUCAGGUGUACCGUGGCUUCAUAGCCGUUAUGAAGGAGAACUUUGGAUUCAUUGAGACUUUGUCCCACGAUGAGGAGGUCUUCUUUCACUUUAGCAACUAUAUGGGCAAUCCCAAUUGGUUGGAGCUGGGUCAGGAGGUGGAGUACACUCUUGCUCGUAAUGGGAAUACAUCCGUUUCUGGAAACUGUCUGCCUGCGGAAAAUGUCCGUAUGCUGCCAAAGAACUCUAUUCCCCAGCCGGCUGUGCUGGAAACCACACACAAUGGCGUGGUAGCACGUCCACUGCGUUGCAUCAAUCCCGACCAGCAGGAAUAUGCCGGUCUCAUUGAAAUUCUCGAUGAGCUACGUACCACUGUCAUUUCGCAACACGAAUUCGGGAUUACUAGUCUGGUGAACAAGAGGGAUCUGCUCCAGAAGGGCGAUCUCGUUAGCUUCCGCAUCGAUGAGAGUGGUCGAGCAGCAUGCGUGAAUGCCGUAAGGCAGAAGAAGCGUGCCACUGUGGACUCCAUCAAGGGUCAGUUUGGUUUUCUUAACUUUGAGGUGGAGGACGGCAAAAAACUGUUCUUCCACAUGUCUGAGGUGCAGGGCAAUACUGUCGCUUUACAUCCAGGCGAUACCGUGGAGUUCUCCGUGGUCACCAAUCAGCGCAAUGGAAAGUCGUCGGCUUGCAAUGUUCUGAAAAUAAACGAUCGUCCGGAUCGUCUGAUCUCGCGCCUUAAGCUCAACGGCGAUGACACUGUGCCGCGACUGAUCCUCAUUCGCGCACCCAAGGGACCGCAGGGCAAGGGCUUUUCCGUUCUAGCUCGUCAUCCACGCAUUCCAGGCAACUUGGUGGAGUAGAUUGCUGAAGAAGUUGUAUAAGCAAGCCAGGAUAUUCGAUGCACAUCAAAGACAAUUACCUACAGCUAUAUAUAUUCUUGUACGCAAGCCAACAAACUAACAGCAACGUGAACUGGUCGCCCCUACCAUACAUACACAAACAUUUAUAACGAAUAUAAUCCCUAGAACCAAGCAAACACUAUUGGAAACGAUUGUAAUUCAUAAUAAUGGAUAGCAAAGGCAUACAUUUAAUAUUUACGAAACUACUUAACGGCAACUCAAACAAGAGAGCUCUUCGUGUCUGAAAUCGAAACUUAUUUGUAAUAUUACCAACUAACCCCUCCACCAUUGUAACGCUUUGUUUUCAACUCGGCGCAACGGUGAUCCGAGUUGUGGCCAGGUUGAAGCAAAACGAAAUUGAAAUCCAAGUGUCUGAGAGAUGAAACCAAAACGUGUGUAUACGUAUACUAUUUUCUACUAGUUUGCUUUAAUUUAAACUAAUUAAAAACCGAUUGGGAUAAGUGAUGAGAGCAAGGAAACGAGCAACAUAAUAAUCUAUGAAGUAUUUAUUCUAGAAUUCUUCUGGCAACGAACUCCUUGCAUAAUUGCGUUAGAAAUCGUAUAAAUGCAACAAUCUAUUAACAUUUAUCUAUGGCUGGCAUAGUUCCUGCUUCUAUUGUAUCUUGAUCUACUCGUAUUCUUUGGUACUUCUCGAAAAAUGUUCUUUCACCGCUUUCAAUCUUACUGUUAACGAUUUAUAUUAAUUGAACAAUUGUUGUACUACGACUGCAAGUUAUGUAGGACAACGGUCGCAGCAGCGACGGCAAACAAAGAAAUCAAUCAAUGGAGUGAAGCAUGGAGAAAGUAUUUAUAUCUACAAGUACAUAUAUAUUUUACAUAUUCAUUAACGUAAACAUACCUAAUAUUAAUGUUAUUAUUUCCCAUGAUUUGAUCUUCGCUUGUAUAAACACGUCAAGUGGUUUUGCCAAUUCUUUAGUUGCAUUCAGACAGUUGCAUUAACUUAUUACAUAGCAAACAUAUUAUACAAAAACCAAACAUACAUGCUACAUCGCAAAUAUUUAUUUAAAGCAACAACAAAUUGCAUUACGAAAACUCACAAAAAAAAAUUAUCCAGAAGAGAUGGAAAUUACGAAAAGUUUUGUGUAACGAUGAAGAGCAAAUUUAAUUUGCUGCGCCAAAUCUGUUGAAACCAUUUAAUGAAGAUUAUAAAAAUAAUUUUUAAAAAAUCUACAUAUACGAAGAAAAAAAAAGCUACAAAAAAAUAAACAAAAAAAAAACAAACAAGCAAACUUUAUGAGCGUGUCGUGUGUCGGUAACAAAGAGCAAAUAUUGUGAAAAUUAUGAAUUUCAAUUACUAAAGAAACAAAAACUAAAUGUAACAAAAACAUGAUAAAAAAAAACACUUAACAAGCUAACAACAAAUUUGGGAUCAGUACGUCCUAUUAUAGCCAUGUUAUAUACAACUACAACAGAGCAAACACAAAAAAAAAACAGAACUUACACUAAGCAGCAACACUGACACUCACAGACAAACAAAAAACGAGAAAAACCAGAACAAAGAGCAUGAAAACAUAGUAACUUUAAUAUUGUAUAAGGAUGUAUACAUCGUCGUACAUAUAACGAUAUAUGUAGGACACAAAUAUCCUGCAGGGCGGGUGGGCAAAUCGAGGUUGAUGGAAUGAUAAUGGGAUAAUCGACAGACAUGCCAAACGCCAUCGCCUUCGCCAUCGAAGCCCCAAAAUGAUUUUCCGAGUGGCCGGCAGCUGAGCGUUUAGAGUCAUUCAUGCAAUGCAAGAAAUGAACAGCACAGUAACUAGGAUCCUUAUUGCGAGAAAAGCGACAAAACCAACAUGAAAACAUUUCAAGUAAAAACACACAACAAAAAAAUCGUAAAAACUGCAAAAAUGUAACAAAAACAUCAAAAAAAAAUGAUACAAAAAAUAUACAAGAGAAAUACAUACAUACAUAUGUGCUUGAAUACAAAAAAAAAAUCGCAAACUAUAUAAGUCAAAUAAUACAACAACAACAACAACAGAAUAAAUAAUAAAUACAUAUUUCAAUAAACUAAAAAUCCCCCUCUGUGUAUUUAUGUUAUCAACUAAUGCUGGAGUCUGAGAGUGAAACGUAAUAAUAAAAUAUACUAUUUG